CCACCUCCUCCACCUCCACCUCUACCACGCAAGGCAAGGCAAUACGAUCAUCUCCUGCACAUACAUACAUACAUAUACAAUCCCCGCCCAUCAAUUGCUCACCCACGAAGAACCUGACAACUAUAUUGCGAACUCCUCGCACACCCACAACAUGACGACGCGCAUCCCUACCACCAGCGGCCCCCGCCUCUCCACCGCACCCAGCAGUAUCAAACCACGACAACUAUCCCAUCUACACGCCCAACUAGCCCAGCUCUCAGCCAACCUCGCCGAUCUCGAGAACUUGCUUCGGAUGACUAGCGUCCAGGCCGAGUCUAUCCGUGGCUUGGGCGCUUUCCAUGGCGGUUUGUUCAUGGCAGCGAGUAAAGUACUAGGCGAGGAGACGAUAGCUGGACAGGCGAACGCGCAGCAGCAGCAACAGAGAGGAGGGGAAACAUGAUUGUUGUGAGAGGAAAUAAGGAGCGCAUACAUAUGAUAUACAUGACCCGACCGUCUGGACGUCCUUGUAUUCAUAUAAUAACGGAUCGCGGACGAGGGGAGGAGCUCAGCUCGGAUCCGUUUGUGAACGUCGAGGCGGAUGUGGGGGGGAUAAGAGACCGGAAUAUUCGUUCUCUGACUGGAUCUUAAGAUUAUGAAGCUGUGGGGAGGGGGGAAUUGGGUGGAUAGGGGGGAUGUGUGGGUUUACUAUUUCUGGGGAAAUAGAUACCUUAGAUUAUAUCAUCUCUUGUCUUUGAUCUAUCUAUAAUCUUCAGCUACCGUUCAGCAGUUGGGGGGUUGAGAGAGGAAUGAAUGGUUUUGCUGCA